AUGGACUUGGAGUAUAUUCCUCGCGAGCGCAACUUCGCGGCUAAUGAACUUUCUCAAUUGGCUACAGGCGUUACCUUGAAAUAUGAGGUUCGCGAGCGAAUUCUCAAAGUUGAGCGAUGUACGCUGCCUUCGUGGCUUGCACGAUCUGACCCACCAGACGAGUCCACAAUGGCGGCUCUUGAUCCUAUUGAUGUGGAUUGGCAUAUCUGGUUAAUCACCUACCUCAAGCAGCCAAAUCCCACUAUAGAUAGGAAAAUCCAUUUUCUGGCACUAAAUUACUUCCUUAGAGGCGAUGAGCUACGUCGACCUGGCGAAGAUGGCAUCGAUUUCAGGUUUGGCAUCCCAGAGGUUUUGGUAUCUGACAAGGGGGCAACAUUCAUGGGUGCUGAUGUAGAGAAGCUCGUCAAUGACUGUGAUAUCCAGUUUAUCCAUAGCACGCCAUAUUACGCUCAAUCCAAUGGUCAUGCUGAGGCCAUUCUCCCUUUGGAAGUGAAUGUUCAGUCCCUGCGCGUCCAAGAUCAGAAUCAUUUGAUCGGUGAAGAUUAUGUCCAGGCUAUAUGGCAAGAGCAUGAAGACAUUAGCGAUAAGCGCUUAGAGGCUUUGGACAGCUUAGUGAUGGAAAAGCAACUCAUCACUCUUGCCUAUGAUAAGCGGAUGUGCGGCCGCAGUUACAAAGAGGGUGAACUGGUUUGGAAGGCGAUUUUGCCAUUGGGCGAGAAGUUGACUGGCCACGGUAAGUGGACUCUGCGUUGGGAAGGACCCUUUGUCGUUCACAGAAUUUUGGAGCGCGGGGCGUUUCACCUGAAAUAUUUGGACGCCGACAUCCACCACAACCCCAUCAAUGGCAGAUUCUUGAAGAAAUAUUAUCCUAGCGUUUGGGAGUUCAAAGAUCCACCUGCUCUGCCGGUUUCUGGGACUGGGGGGCAACCAUAG